AAAGUGAACGUUGCAGAGAUUUUGUUUAUUAAUUUCGAUUUGUGGGACCCAUACCGAGCUGAAAAAGAUUUCCAAAGUACCUGGUUGGGAGAAGGAGACCCCACUUUAGAGUUUAGAAAUAAAAAGAUUCCACACUGCGCUCUUUCUCAAUUUGCUUGUGGUCUAGUUUUCAACAACGUGGACUCGCUUCUUUCCAUUUGAAUUUCAAAUUUAAACGGUCUACAAAAGAGGAAAAGACCGCAUAGAACAAUAGCUGCUCUUGAAGAAACAUGGGAGACUCAGCUUGUCUCAUGCAACCGUUCUCCUACACUUCCGGAAUUCGUAAUGGAGCCAAUGAGGGAAACCCCAUUCAUGCUCUGGGGCAUUCAAUCUCAUUUGGGAGGUUCAUGUCAGAGUCCUUAGCUUGGGACAAAUGGUCUACCUUCUCUCACAACCGCUAUGUUGAAGAGGCGGAAAGGUACUCCCGGCCUGGCUCAGUAGCUCAGAAGAAAGCUUUCUUUGAAGCUCAUUACAAGAAAAUCGCUGCUCAAAAGGCGGCAGCCCUGCUUGAACAAGCAAAUGCUGCAUCAAAGAAUGAAGCAGCUGAAAAAGGUGGAGUUAAUAAUGUUAGUACCCAUGAUUCGGAGAUGGCGAGUCCAAAUUCCAACGACGUUGCUGACCAACAACAUGAAGUCAAGGCUCCAUAUACUGGGGUGUAUUCCAAUGUCAAUGACAAUGUGUAUAGUUCAAACGUUGACAAGGAUAAAGUUGAAAAUAGAAUUGCGGAUGAAGCUGAUCUUGUACCUGAAAACAAAGUUAUUUUGACCAAUCACUUAGAAGUUGAACAAUCAAGCCAGCUUUGGGAUGUUGAUAAUCAAAGGACAACUGGAACAGAUCUCGAAGGAACACGCCAAAUGGAGAAACCUCUAUUGAAGAGUUCAAGCUCAAAUCAAGAUUCUUUGUCAUCGAUGAGCAAGGAAAAACCAUCACUUUCUUCCUUAGAGUCAGUGAUUCAUGAUAGAGCAAUCAAGGUCCCAUCUUCACCUGCCAAACACACGGCUCCUAUAUUUUCCAAAAAGGAUCAUGAUGCUACUCCCAUGAGUAUGAAAUUCUCAGUAUACUCCGCAGAUAAGAAGAGAUCAACUCCAAAAUCACAUCAUAAGUCAGCCACUUUCACUCCACUUAGAGAAAUUAAUAGGUUAUCUUCAAAAGUUAUCCGGAAGAUUGAAAGUUCAAAAGUUGGUGCUAGUUCUUCUAAGGCAUCUAAAGACUGCUCGACUCCUUUGAGGACCCCAACUACGGUAUCUAAGAAUGAGGUACAAAGGCAUCCUUCAGCUACCCCUAGGUCAGAGGCCAGAAGGGCCACUACACCGCUUGAUCCCUCAGCCUCUAGAAGUAUAAAAGUCAGCCAAAAAUGGCGCUUGCUCCCUACUGAAACUAAAAUGCAGUCCCCAACUUUAUCCACCCCUUUCAGCUUCAGGACGGAGGAAAGAGCUGCAAGAAGAAAGAAGAAGCUAGAAGACAAAUUCAAUGCUAAUGAUGCACAAAAAUUGCAGCUGCAGACAAAACUCAAGGAGAAAGCAGAAAUAGAAAUUAGAAAACUGCGCCAAAGCCUUUGCUUCAAAGCCAGGCCACUGCCUAAUUUUUAUAAGGAAAGAAAAGAGCAACAGGAUGAGAUAAAGAAGGUUUCAUUGACACAUCUGCAAUCACCCAAGCUAGGAAGAAAGCCCAGCAUCAUGGUAGAGAGCACAUCCCCUCUACCUCCUCAGAGGCUUUCAAUAAAAAGAAAUGGCUCCAAGCAUGUUCAUGGAAAGGAUUGUCGAACUCCAACUCAUUCUUUCACUCCACAACUGUAGAUACUAACAAGAAUAUAAUGUUCAGAUGGAAGGCUGGAAACACAAAUGUUACAUAGAUCUAGAGAGCAGAAUGUCAUCGAACAACGUUGAAUGCAAUUCGAUAGUACCAUCGCCACUUGAAGCUUGGAGAGAGUUCCACAUUUUUGCGAUAAUCCAGCAUGCCAAAAAGUAAAUGCCUGGGAGAGAUUUCACAUGUAUGCAGAUGCCCCAAUCAGGGAAAUUGUCUGUUUAAACGUUCACUCGGUUGAAGGAACAGAAAUGACCCAAGUAUCUCUCAUAUGUGAUAUGUUAUGACAGGAAUGUUAGGAAAUGAGCAGUGGCUUAUUUGUUUUUACGUUUCAUACGUUUUUGAGACAAAAAGAUAUUGUUGCCGAACUCCAAGAAUGGAGGAGCCAUUAAUAAACUUAAGAUAUGCUACUGUGACCCA